AUGCCGCGAAUUAUGAUAAAGGGUGGAGUUUGGCGGAACACGGAGGACGAGAUUUUGAAAGCAGCUGUGAUGAAAUAUGGGAAAAAUCAAUGGAGUCGUAUCGCAUCUUUGUUGCACAGAAAAUCGGCUAAGCAGUGCAAAGCGCGCUGGUUUGAGUGGCUCGAUCCGAGCAUAAAGAAAACUGAAUGGAGUAGAGAAGAGGAUGAAAAAUUACUUCAUCUUGCAAAAUUAAUGCCUACUCAGUGGCGGACUAUCGCACCCAUCAUUGGUAGGACUGCUGCACAGUGUUUGGAGAGAUAUGAGUAUCUACUUGAUCAAGCACAAAAGAAAGAAGAAGGAGAUGAUGCUGUUGACGAUCCUCGCAAACUCAAACCUGGUGAAAUUGAUCCUAAUCCAGAAACAAAGCCAGCGAGACCAGAUCCUAAAGAUAUGGAUGAAGAUGAAUUGGAAAUGUUAUCCGAAGCACGUGCUAGGCUUGCAAAUACUCAAGGAAAGAAAGCGAAACGUAAAGCGCGUGAAAAACAAUUAGAGGAAGCACGUAGACUUGCUGCUUUGCAGAAGCGUCGUGAAUUAAGAGCCGCUGGAAUUACUGUUUCUCAAAAGAAUAAACGCAAACGCGGCGUCAAUUAUAACACGGAAAUACCGUUUGAAAAACGGCCUGCAUCUGGAUUCUAUGACACCUCUAAUGAACAUGUUGAUCCUCUAGCAAUCGAUUUUUCUAGAAUGAGACAACAGCAUUUAGAUGGUGAGCUCCGACAAGAAAAGGAGGAGAUGGAGCGUAGAAAAGAUAAACAAAAGUUGAAACAACGUAAGGAAAAUGAUAUACCUAUGGGUAUGCUCAACAAUGAAGAGCCUGUGAAAAAAAGAAGUAAGUUGGUCUUACCCGAACCACAAAUCUCUGAUCAAGAACUACAGCAAGUUGUCAAACUUGGCAGAGCCUCGGAAGUCGCGCGAGAAGUUGCUACUGAAAGUGGUAUUACACUCUCCGAUAGUUUACUAUCAGAUUAUUCUUUACCUACAAAUGCAGCAGUAACACCUCGUACACCAGCUGCUACAGAUAGAAUAUUACAAGAAGCUCAAAAUGUCAUGGCUCUCACGCAUGUAGACACACCUUUAAAGGGUGGAUUGAACACUCCAUUGAAUAAUCCUGACUUUACCGGUGUUGUACCUCCUAGCAAUGUGGUAGCAACACCAAAUACAAUUUUAACCACGCCGUUUCGAUCACAGCGCAGUGAUGGAACACCCAUGAAUUCUUUCAAUACGCCAGGCGGAGCGUCAGUACGAACGCAAAAUGGGGUUUUAGCGACAACACCUGUCCGCGAUAAGCUCAAUAUAAAUCCGGAUGAAAAUAUCGACGGUUCAGAAACUCCACUUAUACAAACCCAAGCAAGAAAUUCAUUACGCUCGGUAUUGAGCUCUUUACCUGCACCGUGUAAUGAUUAUGAGAUAGAUGUUCAUGAUGGAGAUAUAAAUGAGGAAAAUACUAGCGCACCUGUAACUGAGAUAAUCGAGGAUCAAGCGGAUAUUGAUGCGAGGCGGCAACAGGAAUUAUUGGAAGAAAGAAAAAGAGAAUUGUCACGCAGAUCCCAAGUGAUACAAAGAGAUUUACCACGACCUGCAGAUAUAAAUAUGAAUAUUUUAAGACCAUAUAUGGAUACACCAUUAACUGAUUUACAAAGAGCUGAAGAAUUGAUAAAGAGAGAAAUGAUCACAAUGUUACAUUAUGACGCACUACAUAAUCCAACACAACCAGGUCGAAAAGGUACCGCAAUAUCGUUGGCUCAGGCUCAAGUUUAUUUAGAACAACAUACGUAUGAUGUUUUCGAGGAAAGCGAUCUUCUUGAUGCUAAAAAAAUGUUAACUGACGAGAUGACAGUUGUAAAGGAAGGAAUGGCACAUGGAGAAUUAAGUUUAGAUGCUUAUACUACUGUAUGGGAGGAAUGUCUGUUGGAGAUUAUAUAUCUCGAAACACAGAAACGAUACACUCGCGUAACAUUAGCUUCGAAGAAAGAUAGAGUAGAAGCGUGCGAAAGAAAAUUGGAAGAAAAUCGUAUGCACAUGACAGGGGAAGCUAAACGUGCUGCGAGGAUGGAAAAGAAGUUGAAAGUACUUACUGGUGGUUAUCAGACUAGAACACAGGUGCUGACAAAACAAUUGCAUGAUUUAUGGGAGCAAAUAGAGCAAGCACAUCUCGAAUUAUCGACAUUUAAAUUUUUACAAACGCAAGAAGAGGCAGCUAUUCCAAGAAGAAUAAAUGCGCUCAUGGAAGACGUAAAUAGACAAACAGAGCGAGAACGCUCGUUACAAAUGCGAUACGCUCAGUUACAAGACCAGUUGCAGCAGUGCCAAUUAAAUGAUAUAUCCUAGAAACACAUUGCAGUGUUUGUUGAAUACAAGCAAAUUGUACCCUAAUAUGUAUUACUUUAUAACGUUCCAUAAAUUGUAAAAUUUUUAAUGCUCCCAAAAGAUAUGAUAUACUAUUAGUA